AUUGGACUCAUCCUUCCGCGGACCGCGAGUAAUGGAAGCAGCAUGCAAUAAUAAUUGAACGACAGCCCUGUCGCGUGAUACUUGAACUCAAAAUCAUAGCUGAAACGUUCGCCAGGAUAUCCGUCCAACGAUGACUUCUCUUCUGAACAAAGCGUGGCUUUUACCCACGAGGCAAGUGAUCGUACAACCGAAAAGAUUUCGUGGUAAAAUAAAUAUCCAAAGACCGAAGGCACCUCAUUACAAGAGAGCGGUGGUGGAAAAAUUUGUCGAACCGAUAUACUUCAAUGCAAGAUGGGGUAAACCGUUGUCGGAAUUAUGUGCCAACCUUCAAAAUCAGUCGGCACAGGAUGGAGUGGAAAAGAUGGCGGAACCUCAUCCGAUGCGAAGAAUCAUCGCUCGGGAGGCGCGCAAUUGGUUUGAGAAUUCAAACAUGAUUGCAUUUUGUCAUGCGAAUCCUUUUCCUGGCGAGGAAAAAUUCAAUUUUGCCGUCGCUCUGAAAAAGCAAAACAUGCAUUUCAAAGUCUACGGAAGACCGACGAUAGAGCUCGCUCUCAAGGACACUCCGUUUCCAGCUGUUCUUCCACUUUUCCAAUCCCACAGCUUGACUAUCUUCAGUCCAAACACAGACAUUCGAACGCUGUUGAAACUCUUGCAGAAGAGGUCCGAACUCGUUUUGAUGGCUGGGAUAAUCAACGGGAAGCUUAUGAGCAAGAAUGAGUUAGUGAGUUACGCAGCAAUGGGCGACAUCACAGCAGUCAGAUCGCGACUUGUACAGGUGCUACAAAACGCCGGAGGAGUGAACCUGAAUCGUCAACUCACGCAUCAUCAGUCGACUCUGGUUUCCCGCUUGAAACAAAUAUCAUCGCCUGCGGAAACGACGCCUGAUUCGCCCGAGGAGAUAGUUGAAUAAUUAGUUGACACAAGUACAAAAUGUAACCGUAAUUCCUUCGUUGGAAAUUGAAGUAUAAUUUUUUUUUUUUUUUAUCAUUAUUUUAAUAAAAUCUACCUACGUAUAAGGAUAAA